GGGACCUUUCCUUCAACGUUCUUCUGAACCACGCAUCCGAUGAUCACCCAGAACAUCUUAUAACGAGGACUGCAUUCACGCAUAGUAGGACAGAAUCACGCAGCCCCUCGACACGAUGCCUCAAUCUCUUCUCCAGGGACUCAUCAACACGCCUAGUACGCCCAAGGCGGCUCGCAAACUGCAGGAGCUGCUGGUGCGGGACGCGCGAGAGCAUCACUGCUAUUUCGACGACCGCGGGUUCAAGAACCAUACUGCGCACCACUUGAUUGCAGCCUACGAUCUGGGUGCAUCUGCCUCUCUGCUAGAGAGAAUCUACAAGGAGGAGGGCGAGGUGCUGCGGCCCCUGGGACCGCAGUACGACAUCCUCACGGACCAGACAUGGACGACAAGGCUAGGCGAGCGACAGGCGUAUGCGAGCUAUCUGCUCUUCUUUGAGCGGAAGAUCCAGGCUCUCGGAAUGCAGAAGACGAUCGAGGAGUAUGUUCUGUCGCCGGCAGCGAACGAGAACGGCGCGGCCAUGCUGAGCCGGUUUUUCAGCGGCGCCAUACAUCCGAUUAUCCACGUCGGGUUCGGUGUGGAGGUUGGCCAAGAUAGCGUCGUUGCCCAAGGUCUCGCUCUCUGCGCUGUCGUCGAUUCGGACUUUGUCUCGAUCUUCUCCGGCCAGCCAUCGGGCCUGACCGACAUUUCCGCGGAGCCUGACAACGACGCGUCGCUUUUGUCGAUCCUCGGUGAAGUCUAUGAUUCGCCUACGCUUGCUCCCCUUGCGCCAUACAACCCAAGCGACUUCGUCGGGGCAGCUUUCAACAAACUGACGGAAUCGCCCGCGCGCGGCGCCGAGCUCCGUCGACUGUACUCGAAGUGGACGCUCAACACAGCGCUGACCGGUUCCGCCUUCGAUGCCGAAUGUGCCAAGAAGGUGGACGAAUGCUUCUGGCAGGCCACACUGCUCACUGCAGCCACGGGGUGCCCCGGGCGCGAGAACCGGAUCGACUUCUUCCUUAUGCACGCGCUUACGAGCGCCGUGGCACUGCCCAAGCUGCUGGCCGCGCUCCCGAACAAGAUGCACAAGGCUCAGCUGCUCCAGGGCCACGCGCUCACAUCGGCACUGUGGACCAUCGCGCGCGGGCGUCCCCGAAUCAACCCGGCGCUGCUGAUGUCGUAUCCCGACGUCGUCCCGGGGCACGCGGGGGGCGAGGCCAACCCUUGGCUGCCGGUCACGCUUAAUGCGUUCGAGCACCCGGACUCACAUGUGAUCAAGACCAUCCGCACGCUGUACUACGUGGCGCAGCGCCUUGGCCAGACGGCUGCCGGUGCGGUACCUGGUGCGGUGGAUAGGGCUGGAAAAGAAACGCACGAGGGCAUGAGCAGGCUAGACGGGUCAGCAUUCGUCCGGGCGGCCAUUAUGACGAGCGAGACCCUCGGCUGGUUGGCGUUUGGAGGCGAACCUGGCAAGUGGGAUCGCAGUUGUCUCGGAUGGGACGUCGCGUGGGCUUGAGCGAUGCAAGCGCCGUAUAAAAGGUAGAGCUAGAACGUUACAAUGCCUGUCCGUGCAGCCUCAAUACAUACCCGCAAGUAAGAGUGUCUGAUCGGCUAGCUCGCAGCCUCGAGUGACCGAUGUCUCCUUGCGCAUCCAUCCAAACGUAGGAAGACCUGUUUGACCAUAAAGUUGGACAUGCUCAGUCACUUCGACGAAUUCCUAACCCUAGCAGUGAUUGCACCCUUCGACCAUCGGCGCACGUAUCCUUUCUCGACUCCAUAUUUCCUUCGUUAGCACUUCGAACAUGGCGGAAAGCCCACACCCGACCGGCGCACUGUUAUCUCGCCUUGCGGAAGUAGAAGCGGAAAUAGAGCUCGAGGUCUCGUGGCAUAAGUCUCUCAUGGAUCGUCUGGAGAUUGAGAAGAUCGAAGUCCUCACGCGCAUCAACGCUCUUCGCGACCCGCUUUCGCGCAUUCCUCUAGAAAUCACUUCGACUAUCUUCGAUAUGUGUUUGCCCGAGGACUCAGAUGAACUCGGAAUACCUCCAGGAUCCUUAGGCCUAGUGCUUUUACGCGUGUCUCGCGGCUGGGCGAAGUUCGCGCUCGCCACGAGCUCUCUGUGGACUGAGUUGGUCGUACGAAGGAUAACGGACGGAUUGGGGCAUGGAAUCUCUCGAUGGAUUGGAUACGCGCGGCCGUCCUGCAUCUCUA